UAGUGGGGGAGAAAAAAUAAUUUCUCUCGCUCUCUCCCUCUCUCUCCCUGACAUAGACGCACGCACACACAGUUCCUACUUUUCUGUAGGCCCACUCGUGAAAGGGAUCCCGCAGAGGACAUCUCUCCAUAACAAGAUGCUGCCAAGAAUGUGUCGAUUGGUUUCGUCGCACUUCAAAGGAUAUAGCGUUCGAGGCAAUCAGUGAAGACAAGGUUGCUGAAAGUUUGUCACCUAAAAUUACUGGGAGAGAUAGAUUGCAGAAGGGAUACCACCGGAGCCCGAAUUUUGGAAUUGUUUCUACAAUCUGUUUUUAUUCUAUGGUAUUUUUUAUUUCUUCACGAUAAUUUACAGAACACGUUAUGGGGUUUAUUAUUUUUUUUCAGUAAAGGAGUCUGACUGGAUGAGAAUUCAGACACUGCCAAAUCUCGUUUUCUAGAUAAGAUUUUGUUUCCGUGCGCUGCGAGCAGUCAAAAAGCAACAUUGGCCGCAGAUGCGCGUAGUGGAGACACAAAAACGGAUGGCCGCUUUGCCGGGGACCGAUCACUUUCUACAACCUUUCUUACAGCACCGCAUAGCCAGCUCCUCUCCUGAGAAUGAGCCCCAUCCCCUAUCCUCCUUCCUGGCCAGCACCUGUGGCCAAGCCCAUCUGGGAGGCAGUGGAGUGGGGCAGGAGCGGCAACACCAUCCUUAUGAGGGGACCAUGAGCUCCAUGACUGGGAUGCUCCAGUUGUGGGGAGGGGAUGUGGUCCAGAGCUCUAGUCUUGGGGUCCAACAGGUGGCAACUGUGACAGUGCCAAAAGUAUCUUUUCCUGGCCACAUCCAGAGUGGACUGGGCCCUCACCCCCACCACCACCACCACCACCUCCAUGAGCUGCCUCUCACCCCUCCGGCUGAGCCCUCCUCCACCCCGACUGCCUACGCCUUUGAUCUCUCUCCAGGAAAGUUUCUCGCUCCUCAGAUCCAGGGUAGCUCUCAUACCCCAUACUUCCACCACCAGAACAAUAGUAUUGGGCAGAACUUUCCUAACUUCCUCCAAGUUUCCACAACAAGACACCCCUACCACCCUGGUGGGUAUACAGAGGAAGGUCAGCAAUGGUGGAGCCUGCCGCAGACCACCAGCAGCCCCCAUGGCCAUCACCAACCUCACAGCCACCCCCACCAUCACCACCCCUUUGCCCUGGGCAGACAGCUGGUGUUGGGGCACCAGCCUCAGAUCGCAGCCCUCCUCCAGGGCUCAUCCAAGGGCUUGCUGGGCUCCACACGUCGCUGCAGGCGCUGCAAGUGCCCCAACUGCCAGUCCAUUUCUGGGGGUACAGGGGCUCCAGCAAACCCAGAAGAACCAGGCCGUAGGAGGCUCCACAUCUGCCACCUGCCCGAGUGUGGCAAGGUGUAUAAGAAGACGUCCCACCUGAAGGCCCACCUGCGCUGGCAUGCUGGGGAGCGGCCCUUCCUCUGCAGCUGGCUCUUCUGCGGGAAGAACUUCACACGCUCCGACGAGCUGCAGAGGCAUCUGCGCACACACACGGGGGAGAAGCGCUUCAGCUGUCAGGCAUGUGGGAAGAGGUUCAUGCGGAGCGACCACCUAGCAAAACAUGAGAAGACCCACCAGGGUAAGAGGGGACAGCCAGAGUCAAGGGAUAGCCAGGGCCCCCAGCAGGAGGCUCCACAGCGACCGGGUGGUAGCAGAGGACCAGACAGGAACAUCAAGAAGGAGUAGAGAAAAGACCAAGAGAGGUAAGCCAAGGGACUCACAGUCAGUGUGCUGUAUUCUGAGACCCCCAGCGCCAGUCUCUGUGUGUGUGGAGUCCAGGUGAUGAGACCCUCAGAAAGAGCAGAAAGACAGGAGGGCCAGUGUGGAGACUGAGAGUCAAGGGCAGACCAGUGAUUCAAUGGCCUUUCUCUUGAGAAAAAAAAACGACUUCUUGCAAACACACAAACUUUUACACUGUCAAACCAUUGUCUUGACAACGUGUUUGUCAUGGUCAUUGUAGCCAGCAUUGUCCCCGGGACCACCAGCAGGAGGCCUGUGAUCUUCAGAGGCCAUUCUGUUCAGCAUGCCUGCCUGCCUGCCUGCCUGUGUGGAGACUCGCAAUAAAAGCAGGAGGGCUGAGGUGAUUGAAUAUUCCUUUCUCAUGGACCCCUAAUGGAGAUAAGUGGUCUCAGAGAAUGACCAAAGACAUCAGAGAGGAAGUCAGAGUACAAAGAUUCAUGGAAAUAAUGCUGUUCACUAUGGUUAUUUUGAUUCAGUCUGCCAGCAGAGUAUUUUCAGUGUUACGGUUUUCAAUAAUAAACACUAAUUACACCACAAUGGUCUUUUGACUUUAUUGUGUUUAUAUUUUAGACAGUUUGUGGUAUGUGUAUCUG